AUGGCACAGCUGGGAGAGGUUAAUGUCGCAACUGAUUCUUCAAAGUCUGCUGUUGUUGAAGCACCAGCGGCUACAAAGGCUUAUGAAGCUACAACUUCUGAUAAUAAUCAGGGUGUAACCGAGGGAAAUAAGGCUGAUACACAAUGUGCUUCUUCAUCUAUUAAGAGUUGUGAAAUGCAUGAGAUAUUAUUUAAUCCCAACGUUUUCACCGAAUUUAAAUUGGCUGGGAGACAAGAGGAGAUAGAAGCAGAUGAGGAAAAUGUGAGGAAAGCUAGUUCUUAUCUUUUAGAUGUUGUACUUCCUAAGUUUAUACAAGAUCUUUGCACACUGGAAGUUUCACCCAUGGAUUGCCAGACACCGACAGAAGCACUUCAUGCACAUGGACUUAAUAUCCGAUACUUUGGAAAUGUUGCCAAUGGGACCAAACAUCUACCUCGUCUUUGGGAUCUUUGUUCUAAUGAGAUUGUAGUUCGGUCCGCAAAGCACAUCUUAAAGGAUGUUUUGAGAGGUACAGAGGACCAUGAUCUUGGACUUGCAAUUGCACAUUUUUUUAGCUGUUUCUUUGGAAGUUCUCUAUCUGUUGCUGCAAAAUUGACUUGUAGCUCAAUGUCCAAAAACCAAAAGAAAGAGCAAGCAAGUCAUCAAUCUUCAGGCAAAACAUCAAAGGGGCAUUCCAGUCCCAGAUGGAAGGGUAAACCAUCUGCAAGGAAGAAUAUUUCUUCUUAUAUGAAUGUUAGCUCCGAAAGUUUAUGUUUGAGUUGCCAGAGGAUGCGAGGUCACGAGUGA